AGGAAGUAAACUGAGAGCAGAUAUAAUAAUCAGUUUGUUUAAAGCUGCAGACAGAAACAACAGACCGAGGACAGAAACACAUGACCUCUAGAAAAUGGACCCCACUCUGUAUUUCAUUCUUCUUCUCGCUGCUCUCUGCUCCGUAUCUGAAUGUGUUCAGCGUCAGUAUCACUUUAUAAAUGAGGAGAAGAACUGGACUGAAGCUCAGAGACACUGCAGAGAGAAAUACACAGAUCUGGCCACCGUUGAUGACAUGAACGACAUGAACGAGAUGAAGAAGAGUCUGAAUGAUGGAGGUGUUCAGUUCGUCUGGAUUGGUCUUCAGAAGACGAGUCGUGAUGAAUGGAGGUGGUCUUCAGGUGAACCUGCUCUCUAUCUGAACUGGGCUCCUGGACAACCAAAUCGUUAUAAUGAAGAAUGUGCUAUGAUGACAAAUAGACAAUGGCAUGAUGAAGAAUGUAUUAAGUCACUGAUUUUCAUCUGCAGUUCAUCCGAUAACACAAACACAGGACCUGUCUUCAUCAAUCAGACGAUGAACUGGACAGAAGCUCAAAGUUACUGCAGACAGAAUCACAUUGAUCUGAUCAGUGUGAGGAACCAGAACGAGAAUCAACAGAUUGAGCAGUUCAUUAGUGAUAAUAAUUUAUCUGGAUCACGGAUCUGGAUCGGUCUGUUCAGAGACUCCUGGCAGUGGUCAGAUCAGAGUAACUCCUCAUUCAGAUACUGGAGAACUGGUGAACCUAAUAAUAGUGGAGGUCAUGAAGACUGUACAGCUGUUGAUCAGAAAUCUCAGGGACAAUGGAUUGACGUCUCUUGUGACAAACAAUAUCCUUUUGUGUGUCAUGAAGAUAAACUGAUUGUGAUCAGAGAGAAUCUGACGUGGUCUGAAGCUCUGAGAUACUGCAGACAGAAUCAUGUGGAUCUGGUCUCGGUUCAUUCAGAAGAGAUUCAGCGUCUUGUGAAGAACGUGGUUAAACUGGCGUCUACUGCUGAGGUGUGGAUGGGUUUACGUCACUCCUGUAUUGUUGGGAUCUGGUUCUGGGUGAAUGGAGAGACUGUGUGUUAUCAGAACUGGGCUCCAAGGAACGGAUCUUCAGAAGAGGACUGUGAAGUCUCAGUGAGAUCUGGAGCAGUUCAGUCUGGAGGAGAUCAACGCUGGAUCAGCCGUCCUGAAAACACCAAACUCAACUUCAUCUGCAGCAGAUACUAAGACUGAAAGAUAGACAGACCUUCAUGUAAGAUGUAUCUGAAAGCAGUAAUUGUUGUUUUUAAACACUACUUUGUAAAGCGUCAAAACUUUUGAGAAUAUUUAGUUUAAAAUCAUGCAUGUUUUGCUUUCGCAUUCUAUUUGUAUGUGUGUGCUUGUUUAUGUACUAAUUAUAGAAUCAUGACAUCAUUUUGAUAAACUUUUUUUGAUUUCUGAUAAUUUUUCUUUUUAAGGGGUCAAGGGGUAUCAUGUAUUAUUUUGUCAUAGUAAAUGUAAUUGAAGUGUAUGUUGUAAGGCUUAUUAAAUGUAUUUGUGUUUUAAGUAUCUUGGUUUACUGUUGUAACUAUUUCUGUGUCGGCUGUAUUGAUUUUCGUGUAUUAAUCAUGA